CUCUCUGCGUAGAGUCGCGGGGGCGUGCGGGACCCGGAAGUACUCGCCAAGGCCCCGCCCCACCCGCUAAUAGCACUGCCGGGGGAGAAGGCCCUUCCUCUCUGCACUCGCGCUCGUUGUGGUGCCACCAGACGCUCCCUCAACAUGCAGAACGACGCCGGCGAGUUCGUGGACCUGUACGUGCCGCGGAAAUGCUCUGCCAGCAACCGCAUCAUAGGCGCCAAGGACCACGCGUCCAUCCAGAUGAACGUGGCCGAGGUUGACAAGGUGACAGGCAGGUUCAACGGCCAGUUUAAAACCUAUGCCAUCUGCGGGGCCAUUCGCAGGAUGGGCGAGUCAGAUGACUCCAUUCUCCGACUGGCCAAGGCUGACGGCAUUGUCUCAAAGAACUUCUGACUGGAGAGGAUCCUGGAUGUGGAACGUGUGUUAUAAAUAAAGAGUGAAAACCUA